AAAAGGUGACGUGGCGAGAAUCAGAGAAACGAUAAGGUGCGUCUCUCACUCACUCUCUCGUCACCGUCUACCAAACUCCACUCAAAUGGCGGCGACGACUACAUUCUUCCGUCCAUUACUUCCUUCCAACAGUUACAAAUCCAGAGCUGUAGUAGACUCACCGUUUGUCUCAGUUCCUCGCUCCUCCAUCCCGUCUUCUUCGCCUUCUCUCCAGCUCCGCUCGCUUGUUUCGGAUGAUCGGAGAAAGUCUAACGGAAAGCUCCGAGUAUCAGUCAUUGUUUCCGCCGCCGCAACAACUGAACCUCUCACCGUACUCGUUACCGGUGCCGGUGGAAGAACAGGGCAAAUUGUGUACAAGAAGUUGAAAGAGAGGUCGGAUGAGUUUGUGGCGAGAGGUUUAGUGAGGACGAAAGAGAGCAAGGAGAAGAUCGGUGGAGAGGAUGAGGUGUUCAUCGGAGACAUCAGAGAUCCUUCAGCCAUCGCUCCUGCUGUUCAAGGGAUCGAUGCUUUGGUCAUUCUUACGAGUGCUGUGCCGCAGAUGAAACCUGGUUUUGAUCCUAGCAAAGGAGGGAGACCUGAGUUUUACUUUGAUGAAGGAGCUUAUCCUGAACAGCGACACCAAUGGCACCGGCAAACACAUAUGAAAACAGUCGCAGCGUCACCUUCUUCAUUUUUCAUCAAUUCAAUUGCUUCAGUUGAUUGGAUUGGUCAGAAGAAUCAGAUAGAUGCAGCUAAGGCAGCAGGAGUUAAGCAGAUUGUUUUGGUCGGGUCGAUGGGAGGAACGAACAUUAACCACCCCUUGAAUAGUAUUGGCAAUGCGAACAUUCUGGUUUGGAAGAGGAAAGCAGAGCAGUACUUAGCUGAUUCCGGUAUUCCAUACACCAUCAUCAGGGCGGGUGGUUUGCAGGACAAGGAAGGUGGCAUUCGAGAGUUACUUGUCGGAAAAGAUGACGAGCUUCUUGAGACUGAAACAAGAACAAUUGCAAGAGCUGAUGUUGCAGAAGUCUGCGUUCAGGCGUUGCAGCUUGAGGAGGCGAAAUUCAAAGCACUUGAUCUGGCCUCAAAGCCUGAAGGAACAGGCACUCCAACAACGGAUUUCAAGGCGCUUUUCGCUCAAGUAACUACUCGGUUCUGAUCUUUCGUUCGUUUAGUGUUUCUUUUAUCUUUGUUCUUCUAGUAGAGUCGUAUGAUUAGACACUAAGAGGAGUGAGUUCUUUGUGUGACUGAACCGGCUUAUUCUAUAUCUGAAGGGGUCUUGCCCGAGAUAACAUCAAAAGCCUUUGAAUAUAUUUAGGGAUCAUCGAAA